GGAAACUGCUUCGUGAACAGUCUUCUUGGGAGCUUUGGGAAGCACAAAAUUAUUUGCAGACUCAGGUAAGUUGUUCAAGUCUCUUUUUCUUUGUUUCACUGCGCUAGAUACAAUAGUGUUUUCUUAUUAUUACCUUGUCUAGAAGAAGAAGAAGAGUUUGGAUUUGAUAUCCCGCCUUUCACUCCCUUUAAGGAGUCUCAAAGCGGCUAACAAUCUCCUUUCCCUUCCUUCCCCACAACAAACACUCUGUGAGGUGAGUGGGGCUGAGAGACUUCAGAGAAGUGUGACUAGCCCAAGGUCACCCAGCAGGUGCAUGUGGAGGAGCGGAGACGCGAACCCGGUUCCCCAGAUUAUGAGACUACCGCUCUUAACCACUACACCACACUGGCUACACAACACUGAUAAGCUAUGUAUUCAGAUUCUCAGAGCUUUGAUGCAUUAAGCUUGUCUUGAUAGUAAGCCUUCCCCCAAAACUUUUUUUGCCUCCCACGUUUAUAUAUUUCUUGUAUUUUAGAAUGGCUUUUUCACCCUUGGUUCAUUUGUGAUCACAUACUCUCUUUGUGGUGCUGUCUGCUGGAUUAUCUUCAGACAAACCAAAGUAUUUCUCUGAUAGAAGCCCAAGUCUGUGAAGCUCUGUAUAUUUUUUUCAAAAGGAAAGGAAAACUGCCAUAUGAUUAUUAUUAUUAUUAUUACAAGAAAUAGCAUUUUGUAUACUUUUUCUUAGUAAGUCAUGCAACAGCCUAGGGGAAGUAUCAUCCUCAUCUUGCAGAACUGAGAGUGGGUGACUGAUGCUGAGGAAACUCAAUGGCUAUGGUGACAUUUGAACCAGAAUCUUCUCAGCUCACACUCCCAGGCUGCGUAAACACUAUACCUUUAGAACACAUUCGAAACACAUGUUUCCCUCAGAGUGUUCUGGGCAUUGUAGUUCACCUCUCACAGAGUUCCCAUUCCUAACAACCUUCAAUCAACUGCAGUGGCCAGAAUUCUUUGAGGGGAGAAAUGUGCUUUAAAGGUACUAUGUGUAUGCAGCCUCAGCCACAAAACAUGACACCAGCUCUCAUAGAAUUAGGGGACGGCAAGCGAUGCACACUGCAUAAAGGAUAGACUACACCUCAGGGGCACAGCACCAUGCUAUUCAUGCAGAAGAUCCAGGUUCAAUCCCUGGGAUCUCGAAUUAUAAAGGAGCAGGCAGCAGGCACUGUGAGAUGCCAGAAAGCUGCUGUCGGACAGGGUGGAUGUCAUGGAGCUAGAUGGAAACCUGGUGUAAAGUCAUUGAGAUGGCCCUCCUCUAACCUUCCUUAAAAUAUUCCUAACUGAUAAAACUGUUCUACUGUAUUAUUUCCAGCGUAAUAAUAUGAUGGUCCUCUAGAUAUUGUUGAAUUGCAACUCCUCCCAGCCCCAACCACUAUAGACAAAGGCCGGUAUGAUGGGAAUUGUAAUCCAGCAAUAUUUGGAGGGCCACCCUGUCUCCAUCCCUGGUCCUGAAUAAUAGCUCCCACAUCUGUAAUAAAGGAAUAAGAAUGCUUGGCAUCUUUCCUGGGCAGCUGCAAAGUAUAUAAAAUACUGAUUAUGAUGAUGGUGGUCAUUUGGCAUUGUUCCUUUUCUUUUGAAAAUAGAUAGACCAAGGAUUUCCCAUUUGCAGCUAUUUAGCUUUCUAAAAAUGUUUGUAUUUAUUUUGUUUUCUGGGUUUUGAUUUCUGGGUUUGAUGUCCCGACCUAUUUCCUCUUGCAGGUUCCUGGUUCCCCCACAGUGCUUUGAUGUUCACGAUGGAUCAUUUGAACAUGACCCAGCCCAUGCUUGCUGCUGAAAGCACAGGACCUGCUGCGUCCACUCUUGAGAAAGGCGGAGGGAACGGAAACGAAUACUUCUAUGUCCUGAUCGUGAUGUCCUUCUACGGCAUCUUCCUGAUGGGCAUCAUGCUGGGCUACAUGAAGUCCAAGAGGAAGGAGAAGAAAUCCAACUUGCUGCUGCUCUACAAGGAUGAGGAGAGGGCAUGGGGACAGGCUGUCAAGCCUCUGCCCACCAUCUCGGGACUGAGGUCUGUCCAGAUCCCCAUGAUGUUCAGCAUGCUGCAAGAGAGCAUGGCACCGGCUCUCUCCUGCACCCUCUGCUCCAUGGAAGGCAGCAGCGUGAGCGAGUCUUCCUUGACAGACGUUCACCUCACUAUUCAAGAGGAAGUGGCUGAUGCCGAGCUGGGAGAAACAGGCGAAGUGGCUCUCCUCGAUGACAGCAGUGAAGGUUCUUCGGAAAGCAUCCACCAAAAUUCCUAGCGCUUGCAGGACCUGGAGAUGCAGCAUCUUUUGAAUGAGUAGAACUGAAGGAAAACCAUUUCCCAUUUUGCCUCCUUUCUCAAUUUGUCGAGCACCAAUGAUAGAAGGGGUGCCUGGAAGCAGGGAGGAAAGGCAGGAAGCAGAAAAACAACUGGGUAGGCAUUUGUUGUGCAUAGGAGAAUAGUUUUGUUAUUAAGGACAAGGAGGGAUAUUUCUCUCCUGGCAAAUGUGUUUGCGUAGCCUCUCGGUUUGCUUUAGAAUGCUGCAAAUAUCUGGGAAGUAGCUGAGAAACAUCAGGGAUGUUUCAUGAAUGAGCUGCCAGCCUCAUGGAUCUGGUCUUAUGAGUGUUUCACCCCCAUAAGCAAGUCUAAAAGAAAGAGUUUCUAUAGAAAAUCUGGUCACCAAGGGCAGGGAUAAUGCAAUACCAAACAAAGAGCUUUGCUUCAGCCAAUGACUAAGCACAGUUUAAUUCAUUCUUGACUCUCAAAUAUGUGCAGCUGUGUCAGAAGAAGUAGGUCCAUGUGCGAGCAUAUCUGAGCAAAUAUUUCUUUCAGAGUGCCUGUGAAAGAAAUGAAGCUACAUCCAUUCAUACCAGCAGACCAUGAUCUCAAUCCAUGGGGAUACUAAACUCUUUUCAUUUUAGUAGCAUUUAGAGGGGUAGGGGUGGGGCAACACAAUGAAACGGAGUGGGCACUAUGGUGAAAUUCUACAAAAGCAGACAUAGAUCAGGCUAGGUCUGCAUCAUGAUGCAUGCAUUUCUAUGUCCUGAUUUGCUGUAAGAAUGUUUACCCCAAUGGCUCCAUUCAGCUAUCAUAUGAAAAGCAUGAAUUAGAGCCCAAAUCAUACUUCAAGUUUCAUAGCAGAUGGGGGCAAAUCAUGGUUCAAAUCUGCUUGCCUGCUUUUGUUUUCCAUCUGUACAACACGCUUGUUCCAAUGAUGCAAGAUACGGAACAUGGCCUGUAACUGGCAAUUUAGAUUUCACACUGUAGCACCAUUAUCACAAAACACUGGGCUGGAUUCAGACUAAGUUAGUCAUGCUUGAAAUCAGUGGGAGUUAAGUUAGUAAUGAUAAAAUUGUCCCACUGAUUCUAAUGGGAACAAAGCGUUACUAGCUUAGCCUGGAUCCAACCUUUGGUUUGCAAAUGCCCUUCAAACUUAAUUCCUGAUUCUCAUUUGCUGGCUGUCUGCAAACCAUAGUUUGUCAGUUCAAAUAUCAUGCUAAGCCAUAGGUAAGCUUUUUAACCAUAGUUUGGCACUGGUGUCUCUGAAGAACUGAACCACACUGUAUGUUCAUAUUACAAACGCUUGAAACUUGCCAGUUAAACCUCUGCACAAUUUUCAUAGAGGGUUUAAUAGCACUGGGGCAGAGGGGUUUUGCUUCCAUCGUGCAUUGCAAUGGACAGUAACCUCAGAUUGGUCUCAUAAGUAUGAGAACAGAAAUGCUGCCAAAAUGCCUCUCUGAGUUUUCUGAGUUAAAUAGCUCCAGAACAUAUUCAUUGCCAUGGGACACGGUGUGGGAAAACAGAGCAUGAAAAGGGGACAGGCACAAAUGAGGCAAAGAGCUCUCAUUUCCCACUCCCAUCUGAAAGUCUCAGUUCCAAGUUCUGUAUGAGUGGGGACAGACUAAAUGGGACCUUCACCUCCUCUUUCUGAUGUCACUGGGGAUACUUUUGUUUGUGCAGAGACUUUGUUGCUCAUUGACAAGUGGCUGCAGAUCUCAUUAAAGGCAAUGGGAAUAUUUCAUUGACUCGGCCGAUCAACCCGCAAGCAUGAAUUCUGGGUUGCUUUAUUCCAAGAGGGACUGUUUUAAGUUUUCAAAGGAGCCAAAUUACUUCUGGCAUGUUGCCUGGAAUCACUUGAAUCCUGAAACUUUCCAACUCCGACUUUCGAGUUGUCAUGUUUUUCCAUUGCUUUGUCCUCAUUUCUUUGAUUUCCGUACAAAUCUACUUGUCACUCUCUCUUUGCUUCAAAAGACAAUUGUGUAUAUACUUUGAUACCAAGCUGUAUAUAUUUGUCUUACAUAUUUAAGUUUAACUGUUCCUUUCUGACAAACACUAAUUUUUAUUUAAAUAAAGCGAUCACACUUUUGUGAAUUUUCUGUGGUGUGUGCUCAGUACUCCAAUGGGGUCUCUGUGGCUCAGGAUUCCCUGGGGCAAAUCUCACCUUUGCCAUGAACUCUGCCUUGAGUAAGCGGCUCUGUCUCAAACUCAGUCCUCCCUUGCUUUCCCACCACUUCAGUAUGGAGCUAAGGUUGUUGUAAGGAUUGCAACAGACCAGAAUUACGGUGGCAUGACUUCGACAUCAGUCAACUUCUUUCCUCCCCCAUCUAGCCUGAUAAAGAGUUCUGGGGGACUCAAAAGCUUGCACACAGUGUGUAUUUUGAGCCAACAUACCUACUUUUAUUUUGUGCAACAAGAUAAUGUUUCUGAAGCACUUGGUAGCACAGAACAAGGCAGUGGGCAUUCUAGUUUAUGGAAAUUGUGGCUGAAAUUGCCACUGAAAGAAGUGAACAAACGGGUCUGCUUUUGAUGGUAGGAGUGGGGAGCCUUUUUCAGCUGAAUGACUGCAUUCCUUCACAGGGAACCUUUUGGGGGUUGCAUUCCAGUGGUGGGCAGAGGUAAAAAUGUGUGGGGCAGCACCAGAUUUAAGGUGGUUCCCCUACACACGGUGCCAAGCCGAGCGGGCACAGAAUUGAGAAAAUAACUAAGAAGAUCCAUUUGGGGGCACCAAAUUCUGGCCUCUCACAGGGUGCCAUAUUAUAAAAGAUUACUCUAGUCUUCCCCUGUGUGGGUCAAUGAAUAAGACUCUUACCUUUCUACAACAGGCUGCAUUCCAGUCAUGCAAAAUUCACUCUCUUUUGCACACACAUCUCUCUCUCCUCCAUCGAGGCAGGAGGCAUGAUAAUAGUUCGAGGACACAUUUUGGCCAUGCAAAACACAAAAAGGCAUAGAGCAGGGCUGAGAAGAGGGAGGUCUGGAGUGGAGGAGGGCCAGGGGAGCAUCCCAAAGGCCCGAUAGACUAGGGGUGCUGCAUUUGGCCACAGGACACAAGCUUCCCACCCCAGGCCUGGGGAGAGUCCUGAGGGCUGGAUAAAAAGGCUCAGAGGGAGCUGAAUUUGGCCCAUGGGCCUGAGCUUCCCUACCACUGCACUGCUACAAGUUUUCUUAACCUGAAUGUGGAAUGACGUUCUGGUUGAGCAUUUGGACUUGUAUCUAAUACACAACAUGAUCCCCUUGGAAGUCUGUGGCGACACUAGCGGUGAUAAUCCCAAGCGGCUAGUUCCCAAAUUGCCACCCUAAUAUAACUGGGACAUUGCUUCUCCUGGGAUUAAUGCUGUCUAAUGUGAAAGAUUACCUUACAGCUUUCCAGCGAUGACAUUCAAACGCUAAGAGCAUCAAUAUUGCCAUCUUAGGACAUAGCAGUGGUUGAGCCUGGAAGCUGCCAACCAACAAUUAGCACUUGAGCAGCAGACUGAGCAGACACACAGGUCAACUGGUCACAAUCUUCCUCACUAUGUUAUUCUAUUUAAAUUACAGUUUCUAAAUUUGCC